AUGGGGCGCAGUGAACUUGAGGACUUGUACGUUGCGACAAAAACAAAAAUUCUUUCGUUGCUUGGAGAAAGAAGACGUCUUAGUAUAGGUGGCGAGCAUUCAUUUAUAAUGCCAGCUCCAACUCCACCUUCACGUUUGCAGCCUUUACGUCUACCAAAAUUUAAUGGAAAGUAUUCAGAGUACAAGAAUUUUAUGCGGUCUUUCGAAUAUUUGGUUCAUGAAAGUCCGGCACUCAGUGUUAUAGAAAAAUAUAAUCAUUUGCUUUCAUGUUUAAGUGGUAAAGCAUUAGACACUGUUAAUGCUCUGCAAGUCACUGAGGAAAAUUAUUCCAAGGCAAUGCAAAGCCUCAAGGAUCGUUUUGACAAUAACGCGUUAAUAUUUUCGGAAAAUAUUUCUUCGAUUUUCGAAUUUCCCAAAAUUACAAAGGUCUCGCCAACUAAUCUACGAAGCCUCGUAGACAACAUGUCCGCUCUCUACAAUUCACUUACUUCGUUAGGUUCAGAGAAAGAUAUAUGCAAUGCAGUUUUAAUCCAUAUUGUUAUGUCAAAGGUAGAUUCUGAGACUCGAAAUAAAUGGGAUGAAGAGUUAGAUUAUAACAAGCUUCCUUCGUGGGAUCAGUGUACUAAGAUGCUUAAUAAGCGAUGUCAAUUCUUAGAGGCAAAGGAAGGUAGGCAAAUUCAGAGUGAAACAAAUCAAAAGGGUCAAAGCAAACAUCGCCAACAAAAUGGAAAUCAACAUAAGCAAACAAGUUUGGCUAUCACUCAAAGAACUCAAAAAGCUUGUGCAUUUUGUAAUGAUGACACCCACUACAUUGCUUCCUGUCAGAGUUUUAAAAAUCUUUCAGUCAUAGAACGUUUCUCAAAUGCAAAAAGACUUGAGUUAUGCAUCAAUUGUUUAGGAAGAGGACAUACUGUUUCCACAUGUUCAUCAAAGUAUACAUGUCGAAUAUGUCGUAAACCUCAUCACUUUUUACUACAUCGUACGCAAACUGUAACCAACACAGUAAAAGAUGAAGUUGCAAAAAAUCCACUUAAAGAUGAAGCUGCAUCUACAUCAGCAGCUGUUCAUGCUGCAUUGGAAGAACAUCGAAAAUCAUCGCAUCAAGUAAUUUUAGCAACAGCAGUAGUUUUGGUAAAAGAUUCUACAGGAUCUUAUCAAUUUGGACGAGUUUUGUUAGAUUCAGGUUCUCAAGUAAAUAUGGUUAGUGAAAAGUUUGCCAAAUCUUUAUUCCUUCGAAAAAACAAGAAAUUUGUUGAUAUAACUGGCAUUAGUGGUUCUAAAACCAAUAUUCAAUAUCAAACUCAAACUACCAUUCGCUCUCGUUUCAAUAAUUUUGAAAUUUCUUUAGAGUUUUUAAUUGCGCACUCCAUUACUGGAUACCAGCCAGAUGAGGCAUUCCAAACACGUAACUGGAAUAUACCAAAUAACAUUGAACUAGCUGAUGUAAACUUCAAUAGACCUUCAAAAAUUGAUAUGCUUCUUGGAGCUGAGGCAUUUUUCGAUCUUUUGUCGGUCGGACAGAUAAAAUUAGGCAAACAUUUACCAAUUUUGCAAAAAACUUUGCUAGGCUGGAUAGUAUCAGGCAAAUAUAGUAGUUCAUUUGACUCAUCCACUAAAACUUGUUGUUUAAGUACUGAAGAAAUUUCGUUAAACCAGUAUGUGGAAAAGUUUUGGGAGUUGGAGGAAGUUAAUGGCCGUAAGUCUAAGUGGACAGAAGAACAAAUUCAAUGUGAGGAAGAAUUCAAUAAAACUAUAGAAGAAAUAGACACUGGUCGUCUUAUGGUUAAGUUACCAUUCAAAAAGAAUCCAGAAUGUUUAGGGGCAUCAUAUGAUAUUGCGUUUAGAAGGUUUCUUUCAUUGGAGCGCAGAUUACUAAAAAACUUAGAACUCAAAGCUGAUUAUUCGAAGUUUCUAAAAGAAUAUGAAGACUUAGGACAUAUGUCAAAAGUAAAAAGUCCGAACCUUGAAGUUCCUCACUACUAUCUCCCUCAUCAGUGUGUGUUGAAGCCAGACAGCGUAUCGACAAAGCUAAGAGUCGUAUUCGAUGCGUCUUGUUGUACAUCGUCACAAAUUUCACUAAACAAGAUCUUAAUGGUUGGCCCAACAAUUCAAGCCGACAUUUUUACUCUUUUAUUGCGUUUCCGGUGCAAUAGAUACGUCCUAACGGCAGAUAUUUCUAAGAUGUACAGACAAGUUUUGAUUCAUCCAAGUCAUAGACAGUUCCAGUACAUAUUAUGGAGAGAAAGCAAUCAAAAACCCGUAGAAACAUAUCAGUUAAAUACCGUUACAUAUGGUACAUCGUCUGCACCAUUUUUAGCCAUUCGGUGUCUUCACUAUUUGAGUGAUAAAUUCAAAGAUUCUCACAGUCUUGGAUCCAAAGUAUUAAAAUCGGAUUUUUAUGUUGAUGAUAUGUUGUCCGGAGCCAAUGAUCUAGAAACCCUGCAGCAGAUUAGAGAAGAAGUAUCAUUUAUAUUAUCUUCAGCUGGUUUUGAGCUAACGAAAUGGCAUAGUAAUGUGGAUUCAAUGCCUCAAGCCACAGAAAAAGUACUAAAAUUAUCCGAAUCAGGUUUAACAAGUACUUUGGGAAUUACCUGGAAUCCUAUGGAAGACAAUUUGAUUUUUUCGUAUAAACCUUCAAAAAAUUAUUCUAAGUUUACAAAAAGAACAAUUCUAUCUUUGUCAUCGUCACUUUUUGACCCCAUUGGUUUAUUGGGUCCAAUUAUUAUAAAAGCCAAAAUCAUCUUGCAAAAACUUUGGAUCGAAAAGUUAGAUUGGGAUGCAUCUAUCCCACAGAAUAUCGAAACUGAAUGGAAGCAGUUUCUAGUAGAUCUUAAUUCACUGCAGGAUUUCUCUAUACCCAGAUUUGUUUUAUCUGAAAACAAAAUAAAGUUGCGAAUUCAUGGCUUCAGUGAUGCAUCUUUAAAUGCUUAUGGUUGCUGCAUCUAUGCUAGUUCAAUUGAUUCAUCAAAUUCUACCACAACCAAGUUAUUAGCUGCCAAAUCUAAAGUUUCACCAGCUAAAAAGAAGUGCCUUCCAAGGUUAGAAUUGUGCGGAGCACAUCUGUUAGCAAAACUUUGGUCGAAGGUCAAAAUUUUGUUUGAAGGCUUGAAUCCCGAAGUUUAUUUUUGGACGGAUUCAGAAGUAGUACUUCAUUGGAUUGGAACUCAUACGUCAAAGCUUCAAACGUUUGUCGGAAAUAGAGUUGCAGAGAUCCAGGAGAUAACAGACAUUGAAAGUUGGAGGCAUGUUCCGACACAGGAUAAUCCCGCUGAUGUCAUAUCAAGAGGCUGUACAGUUCAAGAGUUGAAGGAGUCAAAUUGGUUUAGUGGUCCGAAAUUUAUCUUAAAAUAUGAAGAAUGGCCUCCUAUUUUUAACAAUCACUCGGUAUCAAAAAAGGCAAAUCUCGAGAUGCACAAAACUGUUUUGCUUGUCAGGAAUCAAGAAGAGAAUCAUAUUUUGAAAGCUCUGGAAAGGUAUAGCACAUACACAAAAAUGGUUCGCAUUGUUGGAUACAUGCUUAGAUUUGUAAAAGUUUGCAGAGUUAGUAAGAUCAAAAAGCGGAAGGCAAACAAUUUGCCACUUUCUAAAGAAGAUGUUAAAUUUCUAGAUUUUGAAGAGGACAAUUUGCGAAAAAUAUUACUGUCUGUAGAUGAAACACAAUGUGCAGAGGCAAUUAUUGCAUGGAAUAUUCAACAGGAACACUUUGCUGAGGAAAUAAAUUUCCUAAGAAAUAGGGAAAGUUUGAAGAGCUCAAUGAAAUGGCUAAAUCCAUUCCUUGAAGAGUGCAGGGGAGUGGAAAUUGCGAAAGUAGGAGGCAGGUUGCAGAAAGCAGCAAUUCCAGAAGAGCAGAAGCACCCCAUUCUUCUUCCAAGAGACGCUCAUGUUGUAACAUGUUUUGUCAGAGAUCUUCACUUAAAAAAUUACCAUGCAGGACCUAAGGCACUUUUAGCUCUUAUAAGGCAGAAGUUCUGGAUAAUAAACGCAAGGGAAAUAGCACGUCGUACGGUGAGAAGAUGUAUUCCUUGUGUCCGAUAUCGCCCAAAACUUAUGGAGCAGGUAAUGGGAGACCUACCUGCUGAACGUAUAACUCCAGCAUCACGUCCAUUUCAGAACUGCGGUGUUGAUUUUUGUGGACCUUUCUUCACAUAUUUAAAAAUUCGUGGGAAAAUACCUUAUAAGACAUAUAUAGCAGUAUUUGUGUGUUUUUCUUCGAAAGCAGUUCAUCUUGAAGCUGUGUCAGAUUUGUCCUCUGAAGCAUUUUUAGCAGCUUUAAAAAGAUUAAUUGGCCGUCGUGGUCUUCCACAGAAAAUAUUUUGUGAUAAUGCCACAAAUUUUGUAGGAACGAGGUCCAAGGCUCCUCACUUUGGCGGUCUCUGGGAGUCAGCCGUAAAAAUUGCAAAAGGCCACUUAUACCGUACUUUGGAGAACGCAAAACUCACGUUCGAGGAGCUCUCAACGGCACUGGUGGAAAUCGAAGCGGUGAUGAAUUCACGUCCUAUAACACCAAUGUCAUCAGAUCCAAGCGACUUAGAAGCCCUGACUCCUGGCCACUUUUUAAUUGGUUCAUCAUUGAGGUCCAUUCCAGAACCUAUAAUUGAAGUCGAAGAUAUAUCCUACCUUCAAAGAUGGCGUCGCAUUCAGGCAGUAAAGUCACACUUUUGGCGGCGUUGGACAUCCGAGUAUUUAACCGAGUUACAGUCUCGCUCUAAGUGGACGAAAGAUCAGCCUAAUCUCAACAUUGGAGAAAUGGUUGUUGUACAUGAAGACAACACACCACCCCAACAGUGGUUGCUAGGAAGAGUCAUCAAGGUCAUACCUGGAAAAGAUGGAUGUGUUCGAGUAGCAGAUGUAAGGACGACAAAAGGCAUUAUUCGUCGUCCAAUUCGAAAGCUUGCUCUGCUUCCUGUUUGA